CCAAGGGUGGAAUAUUUUUGAAAUUUAUUUAUAGUGCAAAUACACUGAAACUUCCCAAGCUGCAUUGUCAGGGUGGUUUGGAUACAUAAGUUCAACCAGCCACUCUGAAAUAAACAUAUUCAAGGGCCGUUAAAAUCUCGAUACUGUCUGAUUUUAUUGGAUCAUAUCCUCCAGCUCUCUGGGAUGUAAAUUUCCGGCCAUAACCUGUGCAGCAAUAAACUUCGUUCAGCCACAAGAGUGUGCAUGUGAGAGGAUUGCAAAUCUGCUCUGCCAAACCAGAAUUAGCCGGUAUCGCAGGAAUGAAAGAGCGUGGAGAUUUGAAAUUGCAGAGAAUGGAGACAAGGCGGUGCAGAGGACGAGCUGCCUGGGGAGCAGGAGGCCCCAGACCUGUGCCGCACUCUUAUGGAAAAUAAGCCCCAGGGUGGUGAGCAGGGGCGAGGCUGAGCCGGCGCGGGCUCUGAGCAGGUGGACACCGGAGCCCGCAGCAGCCCCCGGGGUCCCGGGGCGCGGAGCAGCGCCGCGGGUUGGGCUGACAGCGGGACUCGGUGCCGAGGCGCUCAGGGACGGCGGCGUUGGAGCUCGACGCGGAAGAAAUACAUCCCCAAACUGGUUUCCUCUGAAAAGAUGUGGUAACUUCAUCUACCUGCUGCUUCCUUACUCCAAGCUUUAUGAACUUGAACACAAAGGCACAUCGUCUUACUGGGACAGCAGAAGGUGACACAGAGGAGUAAUAUACAGAGAGAGACCAAUCCUUUUUGUGACCACAGUCAACCCAUGAAGAGUGAGGGCUUUCAGCCACCUAAACGUAUUUACUGCAUUUGCUUCAGAAUACUGUGGAGAAAAUGUAUGCUAGUCGAGAGGAUAUUGGAUAUGAUUUUGGAGAUGACUCAAAAGUUGGAAGUAAGCCAAUUAAACCUAAUCCAAACAUCGAUGGAGGAUGGGCUUGGAUGAUCGUACUUUCCUCCUUCCUUGUGCACAUACUCAUCAUGGGUUCCCAGAUGGCCCUUGGAAUACUCAACAUGGAAUGGCUUGAGGAGUUUAAUCAAAGUCGUGGCUUAACAGCGUGGGUUAGCUCCCUCAGCAUGGGCAUCACCCUUAUUGUAGGUCCUUUUAUUGGUUUAUUCAUCAGCAUGUGUGGGUGCCGCACGACAGCCAUAAUUGGAGGGAUCCUGAACGCCCUGGGUUGGAUACUGAGUGCCUAUGCCUCAAAUGUGCACUACCUCUUCCUCACCUUUGGAGUGACAGCUGGUAUUGGAAGUGGCAUGGUUUAUCUGCCUGCAGUGGUCAUGGUAGGGCAAUAUUUUCAGAACAGAAGAGCACUUGCACAAGGGCUCAGUACCACAGGAACAGGGUUUGGAGCUUUCCUAAUGACUGCCUUACUGAAGUACCUUUGCACUGAAUUUGGGUGGAGGAAUGCCAUGUUCAUCCAGGGGGCCAUCUCCCUGAACCUUUGUGUCUGUGGAGCACUCAUGAGACCACUCUCUCCCAAAGAGCUCCGUGAAAAAUAUGUGGUGAGGAAUGACAGCGAAGAAAAUCAGGCAAAAGCUCUGUCCCACUCUACAGAGACUAUAAAAUCUAAUGGAGUCCUUGGUGAAGAAACAGAGAAAAAAGAAGAGGCAGCAAAUGAAGAAGUGCUUGGCAGUGUGCAGCACAUAGAAACUGGAGGUAAAUCUGGAAGUGGAAGGAGCAUGUAUGGACUGCGCCUCUUUAAGACAGUGAGCCAGCUGACAGUUACAGUCAGGAAGGGCUUUGCACUCUGGUACUCCAGCUACUUUGGAGCUGCAUCACUGUUUACCAAUAGAGUAUUCGUGGCCUUUGUCAUUUGGGCUUUGUUUGCCUAUAGCAGCUUUGUCAUUCCCUUUAUUCACCUUCCAGAGAUAGUCAAGCAGUACAACUUAUCUAGGCAGGACAAUGUAUUUCCUUUGACAUCCAUUAUAGCCAUUGUUCAUAUUUUUGGUAAAGUGAUCCUUGGAAUCAUUUCUGAUCUGCCCUGCAUCAGCACAUGGAAUGUCUUCCUCAUGGCUAACUUUACCCUGGUCACCUGCAUUCUUACUUUGCCACUAAUGCAGACAUACAUUGGCCUGGCUGUGGUUUGUGCUCUAAUAGGAUUUUCUAGUGGCUAUUUUUCUCUAAUGCCUGUUGUGACUGAAGAUUUAGUGGGAACUAAACACCUUGCAAAUGCCUAUGGCAUCAUCAUUUGUGCCAAUGGAAUAUCUGCUUUGUUCGGACCACCCUUUGCAGGUUGGAUCUAUGACAUCACACAAAAAUAUGAUUUUUCUUUUUACAUAGCUGGAUUGCUAUACAUGGUGGGAAUAAUAUUUUUACUUAUACAACCUUGUAUUCAAAAGAAACAGUCAAGAGAAAAAUCUACAGAAGAAGCACAAGUAUAGAACAAAUUCCAGAACUUUUUUACACAGCUUUUUUGGUUUUGUGUUUCUCUUGUGUGAUAUUAUGAAGAUGUUUUUCUUAUAGAACCAUUUAUCUGCACUUAAGUGAAAAGCAAAUGUGCUCCAUAAGGCUUAUAAAUUAUUGGAAAUGUGCUUUGAAAAUUAGUUAAGAUAUUUUACUUUAGAACUGCCAAAUACAGUGAUUAAAAGCACACUGCUAGUAUGUCAAUAUUAGAACAGUGCUAAGAAUACUUACCCUUGCUCCUCUUUUAAUAUUUCACCAUUAACUGUUGGUGAAAACCCACUGACUGCAGUGCAGUUACUCUGAUUUACACUAGGCCUAUGAGAGAAUUUGGUCAGGACAUGAAUGAUUUAUAAAAGUCCUUUCUAGUAUGUAUUCAAUCUGAUGAAAGAUUAGUUACUGGGUACUAGAAAAUGAUUCUAUUUCUUGCCUGGCUAGUCAAGUACUGUUGAAAUGGUACUAUAAUAAUUCCAAUUAUUCAGCGUGCUAAAAUUACUAUUUCUGUGAUGCAAAUCUGAAGAAAAGUUCUCAUAUAUUUCUGAAAUUAUUCAGUUGGACUCAAUAGGUCCCUCCCAACCCAGUAUAUUCUACUGUAAUUCUACUUCAAUGAUUUUUAAUUUUGUUUUUUUUAAAGUAUCAACUGCAUCUAAAGUAGCCAUCCUCAA